GUUGACUUCUUCCUCACCCAGGAGGAGAAGGUGAAGAUCGAGGAUGUGGAAAACUAUGAGGAAGUUCUGCAGGAGGUUGAGCAACAGCUGCGUGAUCUGUGCGAUCCGCACAAGGUCGCUGCCCAGGUUGGGCGCAUGUCGGCCGAGUACUCAUCCCCCUUUGAGUCGCCGGAGAAGGCAGCAAAGAGAAAACAAGAGGAGUACAACCUGCAGCUCGUUGAGUACGAGAUUACCGAAGGAAAAGGUGGCGUGAAAUCGGGUGGCAAGAAGGUCAAGAAGUCGUCUUACCGUGUUAUCAAGGACGACUAUCCUUUGAUCUACCACUUGGACGUCGGUGCUAUGUAUCCGAACAUCAUCCUGUCGAAUCGGCUGCAGCCAAUGGCCAUCGUCACCAAGGAGUUCUGCAACUCCUGCAGCUACAAUGCUCCUUCCAACAAUUGUCAGCGGUCGAUGGACUGGAAGUGGCGUGGUGACCUCUACAUGGCCAAGAGGGCCGAUGUGCGUUCGAUCGUCAACGAGAUGGAGAGCGACAACCGCCGGUACAACCAUCAGGACAAGGAAACCGGGGAGACGCGUCGAGUAAAGUGGAACGAGCUAAAAGAGGGGGAACAAGUCGCCGAGAUCACGAAGGCCGUGCGGCAGUUCUCGACGCGCGCCUACAAGCGCCUCAAAAGCUCUGUCUACGAGGAUAGAACGGACAUCGUGUGCCAACGCGAGAAUCCAUUCUACGUGAACACGGCGGGACCCUCCUUGCUAUGCUUUUCCGAGCCAGUCCUGAACUUCCGUGAUCGUCGCUACAUGUUCAAGCGCAAAGCCAGGGCCUGA